CCUGCUUCAGUUGUUCCUCCCUUCCCUCUCUGCGCCUAGCUCGUUCAUGAGUGGCAUCAUCACUCGCGCCGUCCGUGCAGUUGUCGCCCCUAACGCACUCCGUCUCGCGGCGACCGUCGCACGAUCGUCUGUUGCACGCCAACGCUCGCACGUGGCGAUGGCAUCGUUUCUGUCCGUCGGGGGAGUGGGUCUGUCCGCGGGCGGACUAUCAGCAGGAGUAAGACCGCGGCGCCUGGCGUCGUUGACUGGGUCGGAAAUUGCGGGAGCAGCGGCUGUACCGCCAGCGCGCGGAUAUGCCCCGUUCGUAGCGGCGGUUUCCUCGUCCGCCGCCUUCCGCCAGUCGGCGCAGCCCGCCUUGCGCCAGGGCGGGGGGAGUCGUGGCAUGUCGGCGGUGGCGGCGCAGGCUGUGCGCGGGGAAGGCGUGGUGGGGCUAACCGUCUCGGGAAACGCCGUCCUGCCCUCGGUGUCUGUCUCCUUCGACCCCUCCGCUGCUCCUCUCUCGCUGCCCUCCGAUCUCCUUCUCCUCGCUGUCUUCGACUCCGCCCUCUCUCGCGACGACACGUCAGCAGCCAACUUCACCGGCUUCGUCGCUGACGCGCCAGGCGGUGCUGAGCUUUCAUCUCUGGACUCGACGCUGUCAGGCGCCCUUGCUGAGCUGGCAUCUGAUCCCGAAUUCAGAGCGAAACCCGGGCAGGUUUCGCAGGUUCUCCGCGUUCCCGGGCAGCCCUUCAAGAGAAUCGCGUUGCUGGGUCUUGGAAAGACGGAUGUGCUUAUAAAGGGGGAGUCCGGCUCGUGGCAGGGAGUGGGAUCCGCUAUAGCAACCGCUGCCAAAACGAAUCAGGCCAGCAAGGUAUCCGUGGCAUUCGUAGGCAAGCCCGAGGCGGCGGAGGGAGAGGAGAUUAAAGCCGGAAACGCGGUUCGGGGGAUAGUAACGGGCGCCAUAGUAGGCAGCUUCGAGGACGUGCGGUUCAAAUCGGAUGAGAAGGAAAAAGCGAAAGCGGAGAGGGGUGUGAAGGAGUUGGUAGUGGUGGGACUAGGGGAGGGAGCGGCGCUUGAGAGGGACGUGUUUGUGGCUGAGAGGCUGGCCGCUGGGAUCAUCCUCACCAAGCAGCUCGUCAACGCGCCGCCCAAUGUGCUCACGCCAGCUGUGCUCGCUGACGUGGCGGUGAAUCUGACUGCCGCCCACUCGGACGUGCUGACAGCGAAGGUGCUUGAGAAGGCGGAGUGCGAGCAGCUGGGCAUGGGGGCGUACCUGGCCGUGGCAGAGGCGUCAGCGGCUGAUAACCCGCCCAAGUUCAUCCAUGUGACCUACAGGCCCGCUGCUGCUGAAGGCGCCGAGGAGAAGCCGCUGAAGAAGCUGGCGCUGGUCGGCAAGGGGCUCACCUUUGACAGUGGCGGGUACAACCUCAAGGCGGGUCCGGGCUCCAUGAUCCACCUCAUGAAGUUCGACAUGGGCGGCGCUGCUGCUGUCAUGGGCGCUGCCAAGGCCAUCGCUGCCAUCCAGCCGCAAGGAGUUGAGGUGCAUUUCAUCGUAGCAGCAUGUGAGAACAUGGUCAGUGGGGGCGGCAUGAAGCCGGGUGACAUCAUCACUGCUUCUAACGGCAAGACCAUUGAGGUCAACAACACGGAUGCAGAGGGGCGGUUGACUCUGGCCGAUGCGCUGCUGUAUGCUCAGAAGCAAGAGGUGGAGAAGAUUGUUGACAUCGCCACCCUUACCGGCGCAUGCAUCAUUGCCCUCGGGAAUGACAUUGCUGGCCUCUUCACGCCAAAUGAUGAAAUAGCAGCGGAGCUGGAGGUCGUGUCGAAGGUGUGUGGUGACAAGGUGUGGCGCAUGCCCAUGGAGGAGGGGUACUGGGAGGGCAUGCGCAGCAAACAUGCUGACAUGGUCAACACGGGUGGCAGGGAAGGCGGCUCCAUCACUGCCGCGCUCUUCCUCAAGCAGUUCAUGGAUGAGAAGAUCCCAUGGGCGCAUCUGGACAUCGCAGGGCCGGUGUGGAGUGAGAAGAAGGGCGGAGGCACUGGCUUUGCUGCCAGCCUGCUCUACUACUGGGUGGACUCGCACUCCUCAUAGAGGGCAAGGGCAUACAGGGCAAGGGCAUACAGUGUGUUAUAGGGUUUGGUGUUGUACUCUCUAAGAGCACAAACCCUUACAGCCUAGAACUAUACAUGUACAACAAAUGUAUAGAUUGACAACGUCACCUUGCAAUGCUGUUAGACAGUACGAGUAUUCUCACUCCGAACCGGGAUAGGACUUUAGCCGGUUCACUCAUGUUGAAAUGAACAACGUAUUUAUGAUGGCCAGGAUCUAGAGUUGGUGGAACCACGAGUAGAAAGUCAGCGGAA